CUUUCGGAUUGGUCGGAUGAAUGUCACGAGUUAUGGUGCUGCUCACUUUGCACAAUGAGCUUGUGCCGUUCUAGAAGGAGAUGUGGAAGAUCAUAUAUCUAGUGCGGCCAUUUAAAAGAGGAAUGUUACGCUCGCUUUAGAACUUGAGGCUGGCUCUGUCCUCUUCAGUCCUAUACAUAUUGAAACUCGAGUACCAUUUGUCCUUUCUUUGUAUCACUGGGCUGAUUUUCACUGUCCUUCCGCCUCCAUGGAAACACAAGAUAGUAAGAUGUCUGUGGGCCGAUACCUUGCCACACGUCUGCCUUCCUUGAAACCUACCUUCGACCGCCAACCAAACCCCUUUAAAACUCUCACACUUCUUAAUUUCCAACAAUGGAUGUUCUUCCUCGUCGCCUUUUGCGCUUGGUCCUGGGACGCCUUUGACUUCUUCACUGUCUCCUUGACAGUCGAAGACCUGGCCGAGACAUUUGGUAAGACAAAGGCUGACAUAACUUGGGGCAUCACCCUCGUCUUGAUGCUCAGAUCAGUCGGUGCAAUCAUCUUUGGUAUCGCGGCAGAUCGCUAUGGUCGUAAAUGGCCUUUCAUUAUCAACAACAUCCUGUUCAUUGUUUUGGAAUUGGGCACUGGAUUUUGCACGACCUACGAAGCUUUCCUUGGUGUGCGGGCCCUUUUCGGUAUCGCCAUGGGCGGUCUUUAUGGUAAUGCUGCCGCAACUGCCCUAGAGGACUGUCCAGAAGCCGCACGAGGAAUUAUCUCUGGCAUGCUACAACAAGGCUAUGCAUUCGGUUAUCUCCUAGCUACUGUGUUUGCCAGAGCCUUUGUCAACACAGUUGGCCAUGGCUGGAGGCCCCUCUUCUGGUUCGGUGCUGGUCCCCCUGUACUGAUCAUCAUCUUCCGGCUGUGUCUUCCUGAGACACAAGCUUACCAAGAACGCCAGCGGAUCCGAGAGGCAACGCCUAAUGCCGCAAAGGUCUUCGUUCAGGAAGGCAAGGUUGCACUCAAGAAACAUUGGCUUCUUCUCAUAUACAUGGUGUUGCUUAUGGCUGGCUUCAAUUUCAUGUCCCACGGUUCGCAGGAUCUUUAUCCAACAAUGCUCACCAACCAAUACAAUUUCUCCCCAAACGCUGUCACAGUCACUCAAGUCGUCGCGAAUCUAGGCGCCAUGACAGGAGGUACGGUCAUUGGAUAUUGUUCUUCCAUCUUUGGUCGCCGCUUCAGCAUUGUCUUCGUCUGCAUUAUCGGUGGUGCUUUGCUCUACCCUUAUACCUUCGUGUCCAAUGAGAAGGUGAUCGCUCCAGCCUUCUUCGAACAAUUCUGUGUUCAAGGCGCAUGGGGUGUGAUCCCUAUUCAUCUUAUGGAAUUGAGCCCGGGAAGUUUCAGAACAUUCGUCGUGGGCACCAGUUACCAGCUCGGUAAUUUGGUCAGUUCAGCUAGUUCGACCAUCGAGGCGACCAUUGGCGAAAGGUUCCCGCUUCCAAAAAAGGGCAAGGUUCCAAGGUACCAAUAUGGAAAGGUAAUCUGUAUCUUCAUGGGAUGUGUUUACGCCUAUGUAAUCUUGCUUACCAUUAUGGGACCCGAGUACCGUGGUAGGAACUUCGAUGUUGCUGCUGAUUCCGAUAUGGCCGAGGCAACGGGCCAGAACGCAAUGGAGCGGAAGUUACAAGCAGAGCAACAUGAAGAUCUGGAGAAAGGGGCCGGGAGGAACGUGGAAGACAUCAGAGCUUGAAUCACGAAUGCUGCUGAUCCAUGCAUGGACUAAAUUAUGCUACAAUGUUCGUAUAUAUCCGAAAUGACUGCUGCAAACUGUCGAUUGGAUCGCUACGAAACUGGUCUGUUUUGCAAAACUACAUGCCUGAUACCUGACUUGGUUACAAUUUCUUUUACCUAUCUAUUGUUCUUGUAAGCCCAAUAUUGUUAGUUAUGGCUUCUGCCUAUGCCGGUGAUCCUCAUGGUGGAUUGAACAUGUG